GUAACCUUUAAAACAAUAUAAAUAAAUUAACCGUGACAUUUAAAAUUUUUGCGUCUCUUAUUUUUUAAUCCAACUUUUAUAAUGGACGUUCAACUAAUUCUCUCAGAUUUGUCGUCGAAUGUCCCAGGUCUGCAAUAUUUACUCCGUCCCGAGUACGCUCCGUACUUGAAUACCGCGGGAACCGUUCUACUGGGCUGGAUGGUCGUGUGCUGGCUAUUAAACCUCUUGUGGACAUUUUUGGCUCCAUUGGCGAUAAGUAUACUCGGAAUAAUAAUUAUUUGUCCCGAAACAGCCAGAUGGGUUUUAGGACAACUAGGACCGAAUGCCGAAUUAUUUAUUGAGAAUAUAAUAUCUAAAUUCCAGUUGCUUAUGCCAUGAAAAAUUGAAAUCUUUGCAAAAAUUAUUA